AUGACCGAGUCCAUAGGCAAUCAGACCAAGCAUGACUCCGACGAAGAAUCGGACAUGCAGCCAGCGAGUUGGUCAGAGGCUAUCAAGGAUCUCCUACGGCAGAUUACAACCGAGGUUACCGAAAAAGAAUGGCUCAGAAGGCCUUCACAAAUCGAGAGGACGAUUCGGUUUAUCGAUGAAGACGUCGAGAAAGGUCGCCAAGAGGCAUCCGAUUCGCGUACGUCACCGCGCCACCUCCACCAGCUGCGGAUGCUCAUCGGCGGUCGGGUCGACCUUCUCGACGACCGCGGCGGUUCCAUAAGCGCAGACCUGGCAGAACCCGCCGAGCUCGCCGCUCUCGAAGCGCAUGGCGAUGACGGCGUUGCCGCCGCGACUCUGGGUCUCGGCGACGAGGCGGCCGAUGGCGUCGUUGCGCGCGCUGUACAGCAGCGUCGUGAAGCCCCUGAGCUCGCCGCCGAUGACGGACUUGAGCACCAUGCCGGUGCCGGUGGCCCAGUUGCGCGAGCGCACCGUCAGGCCGUAGACGACGCCCAGCACGCGCACGACGCGGUAGCCCGGCACGUCGAACAUGGUCGUCGUGAUGACGCCGUUGGUCUCGGUGUAGCAGUGCAGGUCCUGGAGGUCGGGGCCCCGGGCCGGUGGUUCGGUGUUUGGGGAGGCGCUGGUGGUGCUCAUUGCGUCUAG